CGAGAAUAAAAGCAUGUAUAUUAUAGAACUGCGUACGUCAUGCCAUGCAUCAGCAUCUUGAUCUGAUCCAUCUCCACAUUACAUGAGACGCUAUUUCCACAGUUUCACUACACAACACAGCUAACUAGCUCACAUGGAGACCCAAGAUGAACUUACUCAACCUUUGCUAAACUCAACGCAUCACCACACACCAGCAGCAGAUUCUCGUCUGGAGGAGGUUCUAUCAGACACAAGCCUGCCAUGCUCCAAACGCCUCCUAUCAGCCACAUGGAUCGAACUCAAACUCCUCUUCCCCCUCGCUGCACCUGCCAUCCUCGUUUACCUCAUCAACAACCUCAUGUCUAGCAUUACUCGAGCCUUUGCCGGCCACCUCGGCAACCUUCAACUCGCUGCUGCCAACCUCGGCAAUAGCGGGAUUCAGCUCUUCGCCUUUGGCCUAAUGUUGGGCAUGGGAAGUGCCGUGGAGACCUUAUGUGGCCAAGCGUACGGUGCUAACAAAUAUGAAAUGUUAGGAAUAUACAUGCAGAGAGCUAUUAUCGUUCUGAGCAUAACCGGGAUUCCCUUAACCGUGGUUUACAUAUUUUGUAAACCGCUCCUGCUCUUGCUGGGUGAGCCACCUGAGCUAGCAUCAGUUGCUGCGGUGUUCGUGUACGGUUUGAUCCCGCAGAUAUACGCUUACGCGGUGAACUUCCCCAUACAGAAGUUUCUCCAAUCCCAAAGCGUGGUGGCACCCAGCACUUACAUUUCCGCGGCCACGCUGCUGUUGCAUUUCGUGCUGAGUUGGGUGGUGGUCUACAAGUUGGGGUUUGGGCUCAUUGGGUCGUCUUUGACGCUGAGUUUGUCUUGGUGGAUCAUUGUGGUGGCCCAGUUCUUGUACAUACUUACUGCCCCAAAGUUUAAGCAUACAUGGAACGGGUUCAGCGUUAAGGCCUUCUCUGGGCUCUGGGAUUUUGUCAAGUUAUCGGCUGCCUCGGCGGUGAUGCUGUGUUUGGAGAUUUGGUAUUUUCAGGUGCUGGUGCUCAUCACUGGCCUCCUUGAUAACCCUCAGCUAUCUCUUGAUGCUAUCUCUGUUUGCAUGGCAGUAACAGGGUUGAUGCUUCAGAUUGGAACUGGAUUUAAUGCAGCUGCAAGUGUGCGGGUGAGCAACGAGUUGGGGGCUGGACAUCCGAAAUCAGCAGCAUUUUCAGUAAUUGUGGUGAAUAUGGUUUCUUUGAUAAUUGCGGUGAUAGAAGCAAUGGUGGUCCUUUCACUUCGUCAUGUUCUGAGCUAUGCAUUCACAGAUGGUGAAACUGUGGCUAAUGCUGUCUCGGAUCUCUGUCCCUACUUGGCCAUCACUCUCAUUCUCAAUGGCAUCCAACCCGUACUCUCUGGAGUGGCCGUUGGAUGUGGAUGGCAAGCCCUUGUGGCCUAUAUAAAUGUGGGCUGUUAUUAUGGGGUGGGAGUUCCUGUCGGUUGUGUCUUGGGCUUCAAGUUCAACCUAGGCGUCCAGGGAAUAUGGUCCGGCAUGAUUGGAGGAACAAUGUUGCAGACCCUCAUUUUAUUAUGGAUCACCCUUCGCACCAAUUGGAAUACAGAGGUGAAUACAGCAAAGAAACGAUUGGAGAAGUGGGAAUACAAGAAUUUGGAGCCUCAAGUCCAAAGUUGAACAUGUGCCCUGCUGGUUGCUGUUACCUCAGAUCAUUGGAAUGCAUAGCAGGCACAUUAAGAGCCAUUAUCAUUUGUCUAACAAAUAUUGUUGUGUUCAGGACGGAUCUAUAAAUAAGGGUGGGGCAAUUGCCCCCACUGAUUCUUUAUCCUCA